AUGCCCAAAAAGCAUGAUCCGAAUAAAUCAUCGGAUAAAUCGGUCGGUGUAAACGAGUUUAAUGAUAGGGAUUUGUUUUACGUGUAUCCUAAAUUAUUUUCCGAUCUUCUUCGUCAAGAAGAUGCUGCGAGGAUACCAGGGGAUACCAGUGAGGCUGAGAAGUUGGUUCUGCCGAGUGAUAAGGAAUGGAAAUUAUCGCAGUACUUUCUGCUCGUCGAUUUGCAGAAAACUUUGGAAACGGAGACGGAGGAAAAUGGUGAAAAUCCAUCGUUACCAAUGGAGGAGCCGUCGGAGGAGUGGGCCCCCUGGAACCUCGUGGUGUCCAUCAAGAACCCCAACGCGCCGCCUCCUGUGGCCGUGAAGACCACUCCGGGACCCGCCUGGGAUAUUGGGCAGGUCCUUAAAGCAGCUUACCUACUUAGCAAGUCAGAAAAAAAGGUUGAUUUUGCAGACGAACAAGAGAUGCGCUGCGUUUACUCACUUAUUUACGACGUAUUUCGAUAUAAGACGAUAUUGGAACAGGCCAUUGAAGACGUCGAGUUCUUCACAGACUACCCAGAGCUCAAUCCCUACCGCCAUGCCGUGUGGUUAUUUCUCAUGGAGUUGGCCCGACGGCGGUGGGGGGCGCGCCCGCGCAGCGAAGUGGAGAGGGCUACAGAACUCCUGAAUAAAGCCGGUCAACCCUUCAAGAACAUAGAGAGUACAGUUUGGGAGCAGAGGGUACAUUUUGCGGCAGCAAUCGCGAGGAUACGAAUAAAGAAGAAGGCGUUCACGUUAUCAGAUCUGCUGCCGCCACAUUUGCGCGAAGAACGGGUAUCGGGAUGUGUCAAUAAAGACUCCGUUACCGGAUGGGUCAACACUUUCAAAGCCAAAAAAGUGGCAAAGCUCGUGGAGAAGCUUCACCAGCUGGGGUAUUCCUACAGCAGCUCGCGACAACUUUGCGCCGGCGAGUACAGAUUCGAUCGCGUGUGCCCAAGGUUCAUAACAAUGCGACCACCAGAGAACACGAGCGUUGGACAGCUGGAUCUAGUCAAGAAUGGCAUUAUUGUACUUCAGGAGCGAGAAUUCUGCGAAGGAGCGUCCACACUUUGUCGUGCAUUGCGUGCGAAUUGUCUCACAGGCGUGGUGGCCCAGAGUCACGCUUCGUCACCGCGAUCAUCUGCCUACUUGGCAGCUCAGCUGAGAGAGUUAGCGGCAGUCCUGAAGGCGCAGACACCCGCAGCACCCGCCACGCCGCAACUGGGGAAGCUGGUCGUGUUUGGAGCGGGGGAUAAAGUGGAAAGCUACGUGUGUGCACUUAGAGAACUUGGCAUCGACGCAUCAGAACUGCCACAGUCUGAAGCUCCAGUGUGCGUGCUGAGCGAACCGGUACACUGCGACACUCCCGCCGUCCACAGCGCCCUGGACGGGGUGGUAGCUGUGCUGGCCACACCACCCAACUCGUACUCGGCGGUCACUGACCCUAUCGACUUGGUCUGCGGACGAGGAGGCGACUUGGCCAUGCUCGAGUCUCUCACUGAAUCGGAAGUUAAUGCAGAAGGAAAAGCUCGCGUGGCGACGAUUCUCGAAGAACAGAAGAAAACCUUAAAAGCUCUCAUGUCGAAGCCGCAGAUUCAGCUGAUUUUGUACGAGACCCAUUCAGCUUUAGAGGCAGAAAACGAGGCGCAGGUGACACGAGCCGUGGCUGAGGCCAACCGCCUUGCCAGGGAGCGUCACGCCUUACUGAAAAAGAAGCACAGGGAACGACCAACUAGCGCCAAGAAAGAUUUGGACAACGUGGACUCACUUACCACCAUAGACAGUUCGGGGUCACUGUCUGAAAUCAACAAGGAUGAAACAACAGAUGGAAUUUCCAUUGUUAAUGGCUCACCAACUAAGACUAGACCUGGUUCAGCGUCCACCACAUAUACUAAUAGAAGCAGGCCACCUAGUGCUGAAACCGCGCUGAAGAAAUAUGCCAAUAGUCCUGAAGUGACGUCAAGACCUGGAACGAACAAGGCGAGGCCUAUUCCGCAAAUGCCGGGAGUUCCAGAAAAUAAUGAAACCGACUUCCUUAGAGAUCCUGACAAAGAUAGUUCUGACGUUAAUGUGCCAGGUUGUGAUUUGUUUGAAGUGAAAAAUUUGCCAAAUCUCGGGAACGGGUUGGACAUCAAUUACAUUUUAGAUAGAGACGGUUGCUACCUCGGUCUAAUCCAGCGCAAGGAGAUAACCCGGCUGGACGCCAAGUUCAUGAUCCGAGUGGCGGAGGAGCGCGGCCUGUUCGGCGCGGGCGCGGCGGCGGCGGCGCCCGCGCGGCGCGUGCGGGCCCCCGCGCCCGCGCGCCGCCGCGGCAGGAAGGUCGAGAUCGAGCGUCUAGCAGCGCCGACGUACGCCUCACUCUGUCGCUCCAAUCGCCGCGGCAGCGCCCCGGCUUGCCUCACGCACGACGAUCUCACGCACGACCACCAAGAGAAACCGCAGGACACCGUGUGUUCCAAACACAUUCGACGACAAGCAGCCGCCGCCGCCAUCACCGCCGCCGCUUGCACUUGCGACGCGAGGCAUCGCCACUCCCCGCGCACGCCCCGCCGCGCCUCCCUCGAGACCGCCGCGCCGCCCGCGCCGCCGUGCCGCCGCCCCUUCCCGCUCGUGGUCCACGACCUUAGGCUCAAAACCAUUAUACAGACGCAUAAGAUCAGCGUUUAACAUUUAGCGGCCGGUUCUCAGUUAUUUCUUUAGGUACAGAUC